UUCUCCACCUCCCCGCUCUGUUGUCCAGGCGCACUUCCCAGUGGAGAAUCUGCAGUGUGCUGCCAGUUUGUGAGCUGGAGAGACACUGAGGCAGAUCACAUUGGAAGAGUUUUUAAAACAAGCAGCGUCUUGUACUUUUCAAACUUUGGGUGAGAAGUUUGCGCUUGCUUUCUCUGAGGUCCAGAGCUGCAAUGCUUCCAUUCUACCUCUUGACUCUUGCUGGCAUCAUCCAAGCGCACAAUCAGAUGUUGCCAGGUUCCUGCACCUUUGAGUCCAGCACCUGUGGAUACACUUCAGAUGCAGACUAUACACGCUGGACUCUACAUGAGGAUGGCCGAUUUGUUAUGGUGGAAUCAGCAUCAACCGAUAACCAGACUGAUGACAUGCAUGAUGAGUCACAGAGAGAAGUCACAGGGGUUCUGCUGAGUUCAGUACUGGAGCAAAGUGAGUGGAGCUGCCUCAGGCUCGUCUAUCAGAUCACUGGGUCAGGAAGUUUGGACAUCCUGCAGCGCACAGAGGCGAAGAGCGUCGACAAGCCACUGUGGAGCAGCCAAACACCCUCCGAAAGCUGGGUCAUCUCAAGCAUGGACCUGCCCAACAACACGGAGCCUUACAGGAUUGUACUCGAAGGUAAACCUGGACGGAGGGCCGGGAGCAGUGUGGCCAUUUUUGAGAUCCACAUCAGCCCUGGAUACUGCCUUGAGUGUGAUUUUGAGGAGUCGCACCUGUGUGCAUACAGCAACCAGUGGAAUGCCAAUGUAAACUGGUACGUGGGGGGAGGAGGGCUCCAGUUCCUGCAGAACGACAUAGUACAUGAUCACAGAGUCAGCAACAAGACUGGUCACUUCAUGUACGUGGACUCCAUCUAUGCCAGGACGUUCAAAGAGGUGGCCAAGUUGGUGUCUCCCAUGACAACGGUACCCAUAUCCGGCUGCCUGAGUUUUCAGUACAAACGAAGUGAGGAAGAAGGGAACAUGUUCACUGUUUUCGCUCGGGACAGUUUGGGUCAGUACCAGGAGCUGUGGAAGGCAGGCUCGGAAAGCCACAGUCAGACGCCCGCAGACUGGACACCUGUGCAGGUGGACCUGAAGGCACCAUACUCUGUACAGGUUGUCUUUGAAGUGGCAUUUAACAGUCAAAGAGGAGGACAAGUUGUCCUUGAUGACAUUUCGUUCUCUCCAGAGUUUUGCAGCAGAGACACGGAGCCGAUCUUUGACCCCUCCAUUGCCAACUGCGACUUUGAGUCAGGCCUCUGCCUCUACACUCAAGACCAGGUGACAGGCUCCUCAUGGAGGAGAGUGUCUGUGAGGCCCAACAUUUUCAGAAAUGGAGACCACACCACAGGUUCAGGAUCUUUCCUGAUGGCUAACUCUCAGCUGAGACCACACUCCGGCUACGUUAGUCGCCUGAUCGGUCCAACUCUGUCUGGAAACAUGAAGUACUGCCUGAGAUUUUACUUCUCCUUGAGGGGUUUCAACCAGAAGGACCAGGCUCUGUCUGUGUAUCUGCAGCAGAGCAGCAGCCAGGAGAAGAUCUGGACUCAGGGGGAGAAGUCCAGAGGAAUCUGGAUUGCAGAAGACGUCACCUUUCAAACAUCACAACCUGCCAAGGUGGUUUUUGUCAGCAGCUGCAGGAGCUUCUGGGAAUGUGGCUCUGUAGCUCUGGAUGACAUCACUGUGAACCUUGGAGACUGCCAGCUGACAGCAGCUGUUGCAGGUGUACUGUCAUCAUCUCUCUCGGGACACUGUGACUUUGAAACAGGCCUGUGUGGGUAUAUUCAGGACAAAGAGAGAGAUGAUGUAGACUGGGAAAGGAGGAGAGGACCCACCCCAACCUCCUACACAGGGCCCACAGGAGACCACACCAUUGGACUUGGCUACUACCUGCACAUGGAAGCAUCACCUCUGCUGCCCGGUCAGAGCAUCCGGCUGCUGUCCCGCCCCCUGAGAGGCUCCAGGGGACCUCGGUGUCUGGGCUUCUACUACCACAUGUACGGUUCAGGCACAGGCCAACUUAGCGUUCACCUCGACAAGGACAAAGAGGACACGUUGCUGUGGCAACAGAGUGGCGAGCAGAGCAUCGCAUGGCUAAGGGCCAGAGUGGAGUAUCAGUGUGACAGCCAGCAUCAGAUUGUGUUUAAAGCAACAAGGGGUUCAUCCAUAAGGAGUGACAUAGCCAUUGAUGAUAUUACCCUGGAAAGUGGACAAUGUCCAGAAAUGGAGAUCAGGGCCACUGUGGGAACCUCCAACGAGAUUGAGUAGAACACAAGAGCUGAGAACGAUGCAUGAAACUCAAUUUUUGCACAUUUUAGACGCUCAAACUGCUGUCAACUCUUGACUCCUGUAUAGAGUAAAAUAUGUAGAAAUGGGUAAAGUUCCCAUGGAGCAUUGCAUAUCCUUUAUAGUAAGCACUUCUCUCAGCUCUGUAGCACCAGAGAUAAACUGUUUUUCUUUGUUUAUAUGCAUUAGAUUAAUGCUCAUUUCUUAAAUAAAGCAAGAUUAUUUAGAGUAA